UACUUUUUUGGGGCGCUUAGUCACCGACACGCUUCAACGCGCCUCUCCGCGUCUCGACACUUUGAAGAUCCAAGAUACACCACCAUGGCCGAGGCAGAGCUCAAUGAGUUCUUUACGAGCUCAUUCCCCGAUGGACUCCCCAAAGAUAUCCUUGGAGAGCUUCUAUCCAUGAUGCGCGUGCACUCAAUCACCGCCGAGGAGCUCUUUUACAAAUGGGAGUCCUACAGCAUGAAGAUGGGCGAGGGGGUGAAAUUGACUAUCAGCACAGUGAGGGGAUUCAAGCAGGAUGUUCAAGAGGCACUGGAGCGCGAGAGUCGCGACAAGGCCAGCCGACACGUCGAGAAACGAGGCGCAACCACAGCAACCCCGCGGGCACCUGCGGCCGGCGGCGACAUGUUUGGCAUGUUUGACCAAUUGACACCAAAUGCCUCGAACACACGAACCGUCACAGUGAAUGGAAUCGGAUCAGCAAAGCGGAAGGCAGAGUUUACCUCGCCAGCGACCCCCAAGUUCAGCAAGUUCGACAAGCUUGCCUCACAGGGCGCAAAGACACCAACGGGCACCCCAGGCGAUGGAGUACAGGUUAUUCCGUUCUCUGAGCGACCGAACGCCGGACAGACGGUGGAGACCCUUAAUGCACACCUCUCUCUGCCGGAAACCCCAAUGGCACCAUUCUCCGAGGCCCGUAUCAAGCCCACCGCCAAUACAGACCUCAAGAAGUUUGGAUACAAACCAAUGGGUAUGAAGUUGUCAGAAGCAUCAGAGAUUCUCGACGAUCGGAUCGAUGAAUUCGCGACUAUCUUCCAAGAAAAAUACAAUUCAGACGAGAUCACGUUUGGAAGCGCAGCCACUCAAAGUACGAGUGAGAUCGUUGCAGUUGGGCGAAUUGCCUCAGACGCUCUUGAAGGAAAACUGAAUGCGGCCUCCCUUGUGCUUGAGACUUCGCGCCGGACAGGUGCCGGCAGACGAGUACCUUUGAAGGUAGACUCCGUCUCGUCGGUAAACUUCUUUCCUGGGCAGAUCGUGGCUUUGCGGGGAAUUAAUCCUUCAGGUGAAUAUUUCACUGUCAAAGAAGUACUUCCAAUGCCUCUUCUCCCACCGGCAGCUUCUUCUGCUGUUUCACUAGACAACAUCAAUGAGCGCCUCGACGGAGAUGCCAACCCACCGCUUAAUGUCAUGCUUGCAGCAGGUCCCUAUACGGCGGAUGACAACUUAGACUUUGAGCCACUCCAUGAACUAUGCCAAAAAGCUGCUGAAAACUACGCUGAUAGUGUGGUGCUGAUGGGUCCCUUUUUGGACAUCGAACACCCACUUCUUGCAUCGGGGGACUUUGAUUUACCAGACAUCAAGGGUAUUGACCCCGACACGGCGACAUUGUCUGUUUUAUUCCGACACUGCAUCUCAACGCCGCUAGCGCGUCUUGCGGCAGCUGUGCCAAGUAUUACCAUUGUGAUGGUUCCGUCUGUUCGCGAUUCCCUCAGUCGACACGUUUCUUGGCCCCAAGAGCAGCUCCCCAAGAAGGAAUUAGGUCUGCCCAAGCAAGUGCGCAUGGUCUCGAACCCAGUCACAUUGUCCUUCAACGAAGCUGUCAUAGGAAUGUGCUCCCACGAUGUGCUCUCCGAGCUUCGUCGAGAGGAGGUCCUCCAUGGUCGUCCGACAGAAGGCAACCUACUCACUCGUCUGCCCAAAUAUCUUGUUGAGCAGCGCCACUUCUUCCCAUUGUACCCCCCAACUGCACGAGCAAACCUCCCAAGGCCGCCUUACGAGAAUGGGCUGGCCACGGGCGCCAUGCUCGACCUACCCUACAUGAAAUUAGGUGAAUGGUGGAAUGUUCGGCCAGACAUCUUGAUCGUGCCGAGCAUGCUCCCACCUUUUGUGAAGGUCGUUGACAGUGUGCUGGUCAUUAACCCAGGUACCCUGUCGAAACGUCGCGCAGCAGGCUCAUAUGCCCAGAUGGCCAUCCACCCACGUCUAGUGGGAGAAGACGAGCGCGAGGAGAAGCAACUCAGCCACAAGCUCUACGAGCGAGCUCGAGUUGAUAUCAACCGAAUUUAA